GCGGGGCCUUGGGAAGAUUCGUGACAGGAGGAUCGUAGUGAGGGACCUGUAAUUGGAACCUAGGGUUGGCGAGCCAGUAAAGCCCUGGAAGCCGAGAUGGACCCCCAGCGCAGAGUGCCGCACCCCCGGCCCCGCUCCGGGUCCCGAUCCCGGCCCAACCCCCGCUCUCGUUCUCGCCCCAGACCCUCGGGGGGCUGCCGACGACCGGCGAGGCGCACAUGAGUUCCUCAUCAUCCUGGGCCUUGUCCUCUUCAUGGUCUACGGCAACGUGCACGUGAGCACCGAGUCCAACCUGCAAGCCACUGAGCGUCGGGCCGAGGGCCUGUACAGCCAAGUUGUGGGGCUCUCCGCCAGCCAGGCCAACCUGUCCAAGGAGCUCAACCUCACUGCCCGCGCCAAGGACUCCAUCAUGCAGAUGCUGCUGAGUGCCCGCCGCGACCUGGACCGGAUCAACGCUAGCUUCCGCCAGUGCCACGCCGAACGGGCAGUCUACUUGAACAACCAGAGGUACAUGGCUGCCAUCAUCCUGACCGAGAAACAAUGCCAAGAACAACUCAAGGAGACUAACAAGAGCUCCAAUGCCUUGCUUCUCACGCUGAACCAGAAGGCCAGGACCCUAGAGGUGGAGUUGGCCAAGGAAAAGGCAGUAUGCACCAAAGAAAAGGAGGGUCUGGAGAUGAAAAGGCGGAUGGUGGAGGAGGAGCUGGCCGCGUGUGGCAAGGCCCGGGAUCAGCAGCGGCAGGAGCGACAGCUGGCGGAGGAUCAACUGCAGAAGGUGAAAGCCCUCUGCCUCCCACUGGACAAGGACAAGAUGGAGAUGGAAAUAUACAGCCUCUGGAAUCGCGUCCUCGAUACCUUGAGGUACAACUCGUACCAUCCCAUUGGCAUGGAUGUGACCUCCAUCCGGAGAGUCUGUGACAACCUGGCUACCGUCAUGAGCACCAAGGUGGAGGAGCUGGCCCGGAGACUGCGGGCUGACAUCGAUCGUGUGGCCAGUGAGAACUCAAACCUCCAGCGCCAAAAGCUGGAGGUUGAGCAGAGCCUGCGGGCCAGUCAGGAGGCCAAGGAGAAGGCGGAGAAGGAAGCCCAUGCCCGGGAGGCUAAGCUCCAGGGCGACUGUGCCCGGCAGACCCAGCUAGUGCUGGAGGACAAGGCAGCACUGCGGAAAGAGCGAGACAGCUUGGCCAAGGAGCUGGAGGAGAAGAAGCGGGAGGCCGAGCAGCUCAAGAUGCAGCUAGCUGUCAGCAACUCAGCCAUGGAAGCCUGCAUCAAGGCCAAGUCACAGCCGAUGCUUGUGCCAAGACCUGUCGGCCCUGCUCCCAAUACCCAGCCCAUUGACACAGCUAGCCUGGAGGAGUUCAAGAAGAGGAUCCUAGAGUCCCAGCGGCCGCCUGCAAGCAACUCAGCCCUAUCCAGCGGCUGAGGAGGCUCUGAGCCCGGAGGACUGAGGGGUGACCCCGACUUGCUGAUCUGCAGACCUGGUGCAGCAACACGCCCACAGCACAGCAGGCAGCCAGGGCAGCAUUCAGGCGAUGUCCCGCACAUGUACCACAGUGGGCACCCUUGGCCUGCGCCCCAUGCUCAUCCACCACACACCCUACCCAUGCCUCCUAAUACUCUCACAGGCCCACACUCGCACCACACAAUCCCUCACCCACAAAGGCUGCAAUGACACCCCACAGACACACAGAAAUGAUGUCACACAGACAUGGUGACAGCAUGACACACACACUUCUGCCCAACCCUCGCCCAAUGUCACACCCCUCUACACACAGGCCAAGGCACCCACAGCAUCCUCUCACACCAAUGCUGCCACCCCCCUCCUCUGAUUCCCUUACCUCUGGACGCUUCCUCACCUCCAGUGCUAAAUGGCCUGGGAAAUGAGAACAGAAAGACAUUCACCUGUAUCCCUGGGAGUUUCCAGGCCCAUCUGUUGCAUCAGGGAGCCUCUGGUGCAAGGGUGGAUGUAGCCCACUGACCCUUCACUCCCUCUCUCCCCCAUACCCAGCCCUGCCUAUGAUCCCUAUAAGUGUUAGGCACUAAAUAAAUAUUAUCGAUCCUUUCAAAGACA